CCACGGCGGAGGGAAAAAAGUAGCUCCUGGCUAUGAAAAAAAGUAAGUAAGACGCAGAGAGAGGGUCGAGUCAAAAAUCAGUAAGAAAAAAAGGGCGAGAAGACCUGAAACUGGCUCUGAUCUGAGACUGACAAUGGUUUGAGCUUUACCGCGCUGAUAUCCGCGGUUUAGACCAGCAGAAGAGCUCGUUUUAACUUUCUAUCGUUUGACUUUGAGUGGUAAACUCAGCAACCGAAGGCGGCUGCGGAAGGAAAGACUGAGCAAGCCAUGUCGUCAGAGGAGGAGAGAUAUAAGCUGGUGGUGGUGGGCGGAGGUGGUGUAGGGAAAAGUGCACUGACCAUCCAAUUCAUCCAGUCUUACUUUGUGUCCGACUAUGACCCCACCAUUGAGGAUUCCUACACCAAAAUCUGCACAGUGGACGGGAAGGAGACGCGAUUAGACAUUCUGGACACAGCAGGUCAAGAAGAAUUUGGAGCAAUGAGGGAACAGUAUAUGCGCUCCGGAGAGGGCUUUCUACUGGUCUUUGCCCUGAAUGACAGUGGCAGUUACAAUGAAAUCCAGAAGUUUCACACUCAGAUUCUGCGAGUAAAGGAUCGAGACGACUUCCCGAUGGUCCUCGUUGGCAACAAAUCAGAUCUGGAUCAGCACAGAGUGGUCUCCAGAGAAGAGGCCAUGGGGUUUGCCAGGGAAAACCGGAUCCACUAUAUGGAGUCAUCAGCUAAGAACCGCCACAAUGUGGACGAAGCUUUUCUGGAGGUGGUUCGAGCAAUAAGAAAAUUUCAGGAGACAGAAAGUCCUCCUAUGCUCAUGAAUUCCCCUAGUAAGCAGCGAAAGGGCUGUCCCUGCUCCAUCCUCUGACUGCGUGUCCACACUGUUGCCAUGGAGACUGAAGCCCCACCCUCUUGUCUGGUGCCUUAUAUGUCUGCACUGUGUGUGUGUGCUUAACAGAGUGUGUGUGUGUGUGUGUGUGUGUGUGAAUGAAGGAAUGAAUGAAAUGAGAGAGACUGUCCAUAACUGCUUAUGGAGCGGCAUUAUAUGUGCCCAGCGCAAGUGAACAAGUGUGUGUGUGUGUGUGUGUGUGUGUGUAAGCCUGAAUGCUUUAAUUGUAGUAGUAGCGGGUGCAUACAUGGUUAACGUGGGACGUGAUUGUCUUUGUGAGCAGCAGAGUUUUUUGUGUUUCUCGUCUGCACUUUUUUAUUUUAUAUCAACUACGUUUUAGAAUAUUUCUCUCUUUUGACAAAUGUAAUGAAUUUCCAUAUAUUAAGGGUGUUAAUGGUACACAAAAGUCACAGAUAGGUUUAUACUGUGGUUUGGAGCUCAUGAUUCAUGAAGUAGAAAAUUGUGGAAGUUAAGAGUUUGUUCCUUCUAGUGUGGUAUCGUGCCCUCUUGAGGUGGUCAGUACAGCCUGUUAGCUAAGCUGUUAAUUUUUGAUGGGUUUUCACACACACAUCCUAUAACUGUGUAACAACACUGGCAUUAUUUCAUAAAAUUUGAGUCAGUAAUUUUCAUCCAGAGUGUGUGAAUGGCUCUUGUUAGGGCUGCACUGUAUAAUUCAUGGGCCGAUUUCAGGUUUCGGCAUCGUCAUUGUAAUGUGGGCAUGCGCAGUAGUCACAUCAAUGAACAUACAAUUAAGGCAAAUUAAAUUAGAUAACAUUUUGUAAAGUGUUAUAAAAUUUCUGCUGCUUGAUAUGAGGGCAUAUACCAGAGACAGAUAAUAUUUGCCCACUAUAACUAAAUUAUUAGAUUUUAUUCCCGUUUUAAAUACAGAGAGUGCAUUUUAUUAUUAUCAUUACAUAUUUAAAAGUUGUCUUUUGGUGCAAAUCCCUGAAUUUGUUAUAUCACGUAAUAUAUUUCACAUAAACACCUAUUGCAAUGUCAGUUUUCUUCCAAUAUCAUGUAGACUUACUUCUUGUACGAUGUACACACAGUCCUUGGAUGCGUUGACAUUAUUGGGCUGAUAAAGCUGCUUUAUUGGUUUAUUAUAUAUCAAGUGUCCUUGCUAGAUCAUAUCAGGAGUGAAGCAUUGCUCAAUAGCAUCAGCAUCAAUUAUUUAUUAUUAUUUUUUUUUUACCAAACCUGCAUUCACCUCCUCAUGUAAGCCUGUUAACCAGCUGUGCCUAAAGGGAACAAGAUAAAACUAUUUUAAGCUCUGAAUAUGUGAAGAGAUCUAGUCCAGAAUUUAGCACAAUUUAGCACAGUGCAGUUUUGCAGUUUAUCCCUAUUUUAAAGCAGUAGUCUGGCCAAGCUUAGCCUAAAUGCAGUCAAUACAGUUGAUGUUAUGGUUAACAGCUGGCUAUACAGUAACAGAAACCAUGUUAGCAAGUGUUUUAGAGAUUAAAGAAACAUCUCCUCACAUUUUCAAGAAGCAUAAUUAUUUUGAAAAGCAUUUUGAGGCAUGCUGAUUGGGGAUUUGUUGGGUAUUAGGCUCCAUAGGUUGUUUGCUACUUUAGCCUCAUAGCUCCAGUGCAAAGGUAAAAGGGAAAAUCUGCCUUAUGUUUUACCACAUUAUGGCUUCACCACAAUUAAACUGGUAUGUUGGUGCAGCUCUGGUCGUUUUAGCUGAGGGUGCGCAAUAUAUUGUUGCAUAAUAAUAAUCAACAUAAUAAUAUUGGUGGCUUUAACCAAACCAAUCACAGUGUUUUGAUUGAUUGAUUGUACUUGACCAAUCACAAUUCCAAUUACUUAUAUAUACUUACAUAUAUAUUUAUAUAUAUAUAUAUAUAUCACAAAGCUUAUUACAAUAACAGUAUGUAAAAGUAUAAUCAUAAUCAAUAAUAGUAUUUUUUUGUCAGCAUCAUGCAGCCGUUAUGUAAACUGUGUCUGAGAUGUCAUUAGUUUGAGCUCAUUUCAAGCGAAAACUGAGCUCACAUCCAUCAGUUUUGCAUUCAUUACAGCUCAGUCUGAUCCUGAAAUGAGGGAGGACAGAUUGAAUGUGGUUUCCACACAAAUCACUCCCUGUACUGUGCGAAAGGCAUCUGAGGAAAUGAUUAUGCAAAGCUAUUUAUCUGGGCAAAUUGAGUUUGUUUUCUCAGAUAUUAGAAUAAGCACAAACAAAUGCACAGUACAUUGAUGUUGUUGAGUGUGUGAGUGUGUGUUAGCUUAUCAAAUUUCCAGCACUCUCCAGGAGGAAGGAGGCCAGUGUUCCAAGAUCUAGUUCUUGUGCGAUAUCUAUUUUAUCUAAUCAGUCCUUCACUGUAGUAAACCAAGUGAGCUGCUGGUGGUGAAACGGAGAAGCCAGUGUUCUUCAAACCAACAUUUUAAUCAAUUUACUAAACAACAGCUCAUUUUGAAAAUUGACUUAAUAAUAAACCCAAAUAAAUAUAGAGUUGUACGGGUCCAAGAAAACACAACAUUCAAUUCUCAAAUAAAAAUAGUUUUUAAAAUGCUAUGUAUGUUUGAGUUAAAUGAAUAACAAUAUUUUAUUCUAUUAACUGCAGACAACAUUUCUCCCAAAUUCCAAAUAAAAAUAUUGUCUUUUAGAGAGCUCAGAAAUCAAAUAUAUUCGGUGGAAUAACCCUGUUUUGUAAUUACAGUUUACAUGCAUCUUGGCAUGUUCUCCUCCACCAGUCUUACACACUGCUUUUGGAUAACUUUAUGCCACUCCUGGUGCAAAAAUACAAGCAGUUCAGUUUGGUUUGAUGGCUUGUGAUCAUCUUCCUCUUGAUUAUAUUCCAGAGGUUUUCAAUUUGGUAAAAUCAAAGAAACUCAAAUUUUAAGUGGUCUCUUAUUUUAGUGAUAAAAUAAAACUUCACCAAUUCAUUGUCACAUUCUGCAACAUUCAGUACAUGAAAACGUAAACAGUAAUGUAGAGCAUUUUUGGUUUAUUCUGAAGAAACAUACUGACCCAGAUAAUGGGUGGCAGUUUUGUCCACAGUCUCCAUGUUGGCCCCACAUGUCAGUAAAUGUCAGCGAUGGCCACCAUGUGUCAUAGGUUGUACUCAACACAUGAGGUCUAGAUGGGAGCCGUGUGAGAUUAAUGUAGGGUGAUGAAUGAUGGUGCCCAUUUGGGGCGGCUGACUGGGACCAACACGUGUACAAACCCACUCAGAACCCAUGUUCCAAAGUGAUGUUAUAUGAAAUCACAUGUAAGCUAGGCCUGACACAAUAAUUGGGUUAUUUUCUGAUAAUAAUUAAAUAUAAACUCAAUAAUAAUGUUAGCUGACUGUGAUCUUGCCUAUUAUGUUUUUUUUUAGCAAGGAGAACUUGUUUACAUGAUUUAGCCAUUAUUUCAACUUUUAUAUAAAAAAAAGGAGGGGGUCAUUUUAUUUAUGAUUUAUUUUAGUUUUUUUCAAAAGGAUGCAAUUGUAUUAAAUCUAUUCAUAUUACAUCAUUCUAUCGUCUUAAAGUGACAAUCAUCAUUUAUUGCAAUAAUUUCUGGGAAAAUAUAUUAUCAGAACAAAAAUAGUAUUUGUAAUUGUCUAUUAUAAUGUUAUAUAAAUGUGUUUAAGGCCAAAACAUUAAUUUUAUUUUUGUUUAGGAAUAUUUUCCUGCGCCACACCCUGCAUAAAGCUGUAUGAAAGUUUUUUUAAAAGGACAUUUUAAUCACUUUUUACUGCCCAACAGCUCAUUCUAACAAUUGACUUUAUAUUUCUGUGGGUUUAUAAAUUUAUUAAUGUUAUAUAAAUUUGUACAGGGCCAGAACACAACAUUCAGUACUCACGUAAAUAGCUUUAAAAAAUGCUCUUCACGAUUUUAAUUUUUAUCAAGAAAAGGGGAUUUUAUUUUAUUUUAUUUAUUUUUAGGAUUCUUUAAAAUAAUUCAACUGUAUUGUUGCGUCUAUUACUAUUACAUCAGUCUUAAAUUAGAGGCAUAAAAUGGUCUUAAAGUGACAAAAUCAUCAUUUAUUGCAAUAAUUUCUGGGAAAAUAUAGUAUCAGAACAAAAAUAGUUAUCGUGACUGGUCUAUUGCCAGCAUCUCUAAUAUAACAAAAAUAUUAUUUCCAUUUCGAAGGAGGGAAAAGUUUUCUUUAGGGACUGUUUUGCCGCACCACACCCUGCAUGUGUGGAACUGUUUGGAAGUGUUUUACAGGGAAAUUUAUCCCAAAUCAUUUUCUCAACCAUUCUUAAUCAUAUUUCUCUAGAAGUGCUUCACAACAAACACAAACUUAGUUUACAUUUUAUCCAACAUAGUUAAAUCUCCCUUUUAUUUUAUUGUUUUUUUUAUUACAUGCAUUUUAUAAAGAGAGGAAUAAGAUGAAACCGUAGUGUUGGGCUUCUGGCUCCACUAGCAGUAUAAUUUUUGUAUUCAUAUAAACCAAAGAUCAUGAUGUUUAUGUUUGCACACCUUGGUCCUAACAAACAGUUAUAAAAGUAGUUUGACACUAAAGUAGGUUAUUUGUGCCUUUUUGUACUGUAGCUCUGGGGGUGGGUGUUUUAUGUGUGUCUGAAUAAGGGUGUGUAUGCACGUGUGUUUGUGUGUGGGCGUGUUUGUUGGAGAACAGUUGUAUGUGGCUGUGUGAAGGUACUUGUACUUUGUGCAUUUUGCAGAGCGUUGUGUGUAAAAGCUUGUGCUGUUUUUGUUUAAUUCGCUUUAAGCCUAUUUGAUUUACUUGAUCAGUAUAGAGUGAUUUGUACGCAACAGCCAAAUGCAAUGUACUUCAAACUUAGCAGACCUGCAAUGUUAGACAAUAUAUGGCUAUUCUUUUUGUACACACCAGAGGGUGCCAUACACUUUAGAAUUGAAAUAGACUGAUCAGAACCGUUUUUAGUAUGAAGAGUCUGGAGGAGAUGCAUUGUUUAACAUCAUUUGAAAUAGUCUCCUAUAUAUAUGUAUGUAUAAGUCCUGUCAUUUCAUGUAAAUCAAACUCUUUAUAUCAAUGGCUCUGAAUGGACACCAGUCUGUCAUACUUCAUUUAGGCUUCCAUUAUACAAUGUUGACAUUUUUAUACUGAAAUUGAUCUAAACAACUUUUUUUGUACACAAAUAAAAAGUAUUUACUUACGCCUGA